CUCUCUUGUCCUGUAUAUAUGUCCUUUUUAAUGUGUGAGUGUAUAAUUAAUUAAGCAGUGAAGUGAAUCGAUCUGAUUAAUAAUUAAUUCAUGGAUGGAUCCAUCGGGGAUAUACUGAAUUGUUCAAGACAAGAUCGAUAAAUUAAUUGAGCGGCGGCGGCUGGGACUAUAUAUAGAGAGAUAGAGAGAGGGGCCUGGGGGGAAAAGAAGAGGAAUUUAAUUAUAAGAGGAAGAGGGAGAAGAAGAGCUUAGGUACAGGCUCCAGUAGCUAGCCAGUCCAGUCCAAGAGAUCGAUCGAGAAACAGAGGAUCGGAGAGGAGGAAGAAGGAGAAUCCAAGUACUGGGAGGCAAUUAAUUUGAGUUGAGAUCGACUUGAGAGCUAGCAGAGGCUCAUCUCAUCUAGGCCAGCAGAGGCUCUUCGCUCGCUUAUUUCAUCCAUGGCUUCCAAAGGCACAGAAGGAGGCCAUGGUGGCGUGGAGAGAAAGGAGCAGCAGCAGCAGAGGGGUUACCAGCUGCCCCGUGACUCCCGGGGAUCACUCGAGGUGUUCAACCCCUCAUCCGCUUCCUCCUUCCGCACUGCUGCUGCCGCCCCCAAGUCCGCCUCCCCCUUCCUUGCUAUUCCCGACAGGGAAGAGGAUAAUGUGGUGGCACAGCAGCGGGCAGCAGAGUGGGGCCUCGUCCUCCAGACCGACCACCACACAGGCCUCCCCCAGGGCGUCUCCGCACGACCCUCCUCUGGCUCUGCACGCACCAGCUCUGAGGACAACCCACAGCAACAGCAGAGCGCCGCCGCCAUCCCACGGGUGUCGGAGGAGCUACGGGCGGCACUAUCAGUGUUCCAACAGACGUUUGUGGUGUCUGAUGCCACCCACCCCAACCACCCCAUCAUGUACGCCAGCGCUGGCUUCUUCAACAUGACCGGCUAUACCUCCAAGGAGGUUGUCGGCAGGAACUGCCGCUUCCUUCAAGGCUCUGGCACCGACCCCCAUGAGAUUGACAAGAUCAGGCAAUCCCUCGCAAAUGGCUCCAACUAUUGUGGCCGCAUCCUCAACUACAAGAAGGACGGCACGCCAUUCUGGAACCUCUUAACCAUUGCCCCUAUCAAGGAUGAGGACGGCAGGCUCCUCAAGUUCAUCGGGAUGCAAGUGGAAGUUAGUAAAUACACUGAAGGGAAAAAGGAUACUGUUGUUCGUCCAAAUGGACUUUCAGAAUCACUCAUCAAAUACGAUGCUCGACAGAAGGAUCACGCCCGUAGCUCAGUGUCUGAGCUCUUGUUGGCUCUCAAAAAUCCACGCUCAUUGUCAGAAUCAAGCAAUAACACCUUAAAAAGAAAAUCACAAGAAUCCCUAAGCAUGUCAAUGAGCGAAGUUCCUAGUAAGAGAAGCUCUGAAAGUGGAUCUCGCCGAAAUUCUCGUAGCGGAACAAGGAGCUCGCUUCAGAAGAUCAAUGAAGUACCUGAUCAAGUGAAUAGAACUAGAAAAUCUGGUCUGCGUGCAUUUAUGGGGUAUGCAUACAAGUCAAAUUAUAUAACAUGUUGUUUGCAUUUAUCUUGUUUGUCUUACUUAAUUUGUACAUGCAGUUUUCUUGGUAUGGGCCAUGGAAGUGUAGAGAAGAACAUGCUGAAACCUAGAGAUGAAGAUCCACUGAUCGAUAGUGAUGAUGAAAGACCUGAGAGCUUUGAAGAUGAGUUUAGGAGGAAAGAAAUGAGGAGGGGUAUAGACUUGGCUACUACACUUGAACGUAUUGAGAAGAAUUUUGUCAUCACAGAUCCAAGGUUGCCUGAUAAUCCCAUUAUAUUUGCAUCCGAUAGCUUUCUGCAAUUGACAGAAUACAACCGUGAAGAAAUAUUAGGGAGAAACUGCAGGUUUCUUCAAGGCCCUGAAACUGAUCGUGCAACAGUUAGGAAGAUAAGAGAUGCCAUAGAUAACCAGGCAGAGGUCACAGUUCAGCUCAUAAAUUAUACAAAAAGUGGUAAAAAGUUUUGGAACCUCUUUCACUUGCAACCAAUGCGUGAUCAAAAGGGUGAUGUUCAGUACUUUAUUGGGGUUCAAUUGGAUGGAACUGAGCAUGUUCAGGAUGAUGCUGCAAAAGAGGGAGUCGUGCUGGUUAAGAAAACCGCAGAUAAUAUCGAUGAGGCUGCAAAGGAACUCCCGGAUGCUAAUUUGAGACCGAAAGAUCUAUGGGCUAACCACUCAAAAGUAGUCCUGCCAAAUCCACAUAUGAAGGAUACUGCAUCAUGGAGAGCCAUCCAAAAGGUUCUCGAGAGUGGUGAAAGUAUUGGUUUAAAACAUUUUAGGCCAGUAAAACCAUUAGGAUCUGGUGACACUGGAAGUGUACACUUGGUAGAGUUGUUGAAUACAGGAGAAUACUUUGCCAUGAAAGCUAUGGAUAAAAGCAUCAUGCUUAACCGCAAUAAGGUUCACAGAGCUACUGCUGAACGCCAAAUCCUUGAUCUAUUAGAUCACCCAUUCCUUCCAACAUUAUAUGCAUCAUUUCAGACAAAAACGCAUAUAUGCCUCAUUACUGACUACUGCCCGGGUGGUGAGCUCUUUGUGCUUCUAGAUAAUCAACCUCUGAAGGUUCUACAUGAAGAUGCAGUCAGGUUCUAUGCUGCCGAAGUGGUUGUUGCACUAGAAUACCUACAUUGCCAAGGUAUAAUAUACCGAGACUUAAAACCAGAGAAUAUCUUACUUCAUAGAGAUGGGCACAUCUCCCUUACAGACUUCGAUUUGUCUUGUCUAACAUCUUGCAGACCGCAGGUCUUUCUUCCCGAAGAUGCUGAUGAGAAAAAAGGGAGAAAAAACGGGAGUUACCCCAUAUUUUUUGCUGAACCUAUGCGAGCAUCCAAUUCAUUUGUUGGCACGGAGGAGUACAUUGCGCCUGAGAUUAUUACAGGAGCUGGCCAUACAAGCGCUGUUGAUUGGUGGGCUCUAGGGAUUCUUCUAUAUGAAAUGUUGUAUGGUUAUACACCUUUUAGAGGAAAAACGAGGCAACGGACAUUUGCUAAUAUCUUGCACAAGGAUAUCAGAUUUCCUGCUAGUAUAUCGGUCAGCCUAGCGGCGAGGCAGCUAAUGUAUAGGUUGCUACAUAGGGAUCCUGCCAACAGGCUAGGGUCCUACGAGGGAGCCAAUGAGAUAAAAGGACAUCCCUUUUUCCGUGGUAUAAAUUGGCCUCUUAUACGCGCCACGGCGCCUCCAAAGUUGGAGAUCCCACUAUUUUCCAAGGAUGACAUGGAGAAGAAGGGACUAGUAACAAAUAACCGCACGGAUAUGUUCUGAAGACCCUGAUGAUGAUCUUCAAUAAAAGAGAGGGACAUAUAUUGUUGCUUGCUUUGCGUGCGUAGGCCAAGAUUAAGAUUAUGUCAUGUAAAUAUGUAAUGUAUCGUACAGACCUUGUUGUGUUUGAACCUAGUAUGCGAUCCAUCAUCUUAAUAAGAUGCAAUGCAGCGCAAUGUGUGCCAGUGAACAGUAAUGAGCUUGACUUGAGUUUAUAGUAGUCUAGUAUAGUGAGUAGAGGAAAAAAAGAGUAAAUUGUAUUGACGGUACGUAAACUUGUCAAGUGGGUGCAAUUUAGUAUACGAACUUGUAAAACACUCAUUUGGAUGUAUGAAUUUGUUUGAUGUGUGUGAACCAAGACCAAAA